AGACUUAUCUCUAUGUCAUAAAAGGCAUAAAGGAUUCUUUUUUUUAAUUAGGAUAAAGGUCAAAAGAGAGAGAGAAGAGAGAAGAGAGAAGAGAGAAGAGAGAGGAGAGCAGAGAGAUGGCGCUGAGGUUACUUCAUCUUCUACCCCAAAACACUUCCUUUAAUCGGAAUCUGGAGUUUAGCCGUGUGUUGACCCGACCCGCAACACGGAUUCAGUGCAUAAGGAGAGAGGAGGAUGAAGACGAUGGCAUGAUGAGCAACAGGAGGACGAGGAAGGCGAAGAAGAAGAAGAAAACAAUGAGCGAUGCGGAGCUGGCGAAGGAUUUGGCGAGAGAGAUCGGGAAGGCGAACACGGUGUCGGAACAGAGACGAGAAGCGAUGAAGAAGAGCGGUGAGAUUCUGUGGGGAGAGUUCUGCAAGCACGUGGGUUUGAAAGAAGAGGAGGUGAGGGUUAAGUGGAGGAAGAUUGGAGAAGAGGAGAAAGUGGUCAUGGUCAGAGAGUUUGUGGAUGAGUGGGGUGUUGAUUUUCAGCCUUUGUCUGUUAGAUCUGUUAAGGAGAUGGUGGAAGAAGAGUGUUUGGUUUCUGACAGAACAACAACCGAGCCUUCUUCUUCUUCCAUGUCUUCUUUUGCUGGGUUGUUUCCUGGUUUGAAGAGAAUCAUAGGCUUUGAGUAAAAUCCUUUAAUUAUGAAUCAUGUUGUUUUUGCAUAUUUUGAGUAAAGAUGAUAGCUUCUGCUGAAUA